AUUGAUGGAAGUUGUACAUAUACAUUCGCUUUGUGAAUUGAACACGGAGAUAGAUUAAAUUAUCUUUAAAUCUACCAAGUUCAUAAGAUAACUUUUUGUCUAAAAAAUUCAAUUGGUGAUCACGUUUCACCUUAUAAUCCAAACAAUGAAAUGUACAGAAUCCGUUAUUCCACAAAUCUUCAAAUUACAGCAUUCUGCAAACCAGUCUAACAACCACUAGUAGGCUCCUAUGAUUUGAGCUUCACGCUAGUACUGGAGUGCACUAAUGUCAACGAGAGCCAACCCCACCCUCCAUUAUUGUGUCUCAUGCAGAGUAGGCUAGCUAGCGCAGAAAGCUGGCUGCCAUUAUGUCUCAUGCAUAGUAUCUACAGCAAAAUUCUACCGCUGGAAAGCGACAGGAUCGGAAUCCUAUAUCGAAACCACUAGACGGUAACAAAGAAAAAAAGGUAAAGCUAUCACUUUAUCCACACAUUACCAUUCAGUCGGUAGUUGAAGGGCUAACUCAGUGAGCAAUUUCAGAGAGAGCAGAGGGAGAGAGAGAGGAUAAUGAAGUUCUUGUUCCAGUGUCCAUGCUGCUCUUGCUUUUGCUUCAUGAAGCCCAAGGCAGGUGCCAAGAAGAAGGAGCCAUCUGAUGAUGUGAAGCAGAAGAAGGAGGGCAAAAAGGCAGCUGCAGCUGCUGAAACCCCAAAGGUGGAGGAAGCUGCUCCACCUGCUGCUGCUGCUGCUGCUAAAGAAGGCAAAACAGAGUAGCUGCCACAACAACACAAGGCAAAAAACAAGUGAAGGAGAUGAGUAAUGAUCGAUAGUGAGGCUUAAUAAUUGAUAAUGUGUGGAGAUGUUGUAAUUGCACCAUCUGGGUUCCAAUGUCUGUCUUCGUUGUUUGCUGUUCAAGCUAUCAAUUAUUUUAUUAAUUGUAUGCAUCGCCUUCGGCCUCUUAUUAUCCUGUUCUGAUCCAGAUUCUGGAAUAAUGGGAAUGAUGCAAUUCUAUUCCAUUUGAUGAAUUGUAUCGGAUGUGAGCUGGUUUGAUCAGUUCCAUUCGAAUCCACAAGGGAUCUCAUAUAAGAAAUUGUUCAAGUUGUCAUGCUGAGGUUUUCAAAUGAUUUACAUGAUUCACAUUGUCCACAACUUCGUCGGCCUUCAUCUUAGUUCUCGCCUAGUUAAUCUAUGUCGAUGUCUCUCGUCGCAUUGUCAAGUUUACACAGUUCUGGAUAUCCCAAGGCUGGAUUACAGUCGAUACCUUGUAAUGAACUUUGAUGACCUUCAAUCUUCAGUUUCCGGGAAAAAAGUUGAUAAGAAAGCUCUUAAUCAGCUAGAUCUCCUUCAGGUCAGCUCAAUCAAACGCAAAUGAAGAAGGAACAUGAUGAUCUUCCAGCUUCACAAUCCCGGAUCUGAACCAAACCCAGAAAUCAUGAAAUAGGAGCUUCUAUAUGAUGAAAAAUUGGCAGAUGUAAUCUGUUGAGAAAAAUUAACCAAGGUGAUGGAA